AACGACUAGUCAAAAAGCGCGCUUCCCAGAGCGCGUGUGUCAGUUCAUUCAGUGAACAGAAUUUAGGAAAAGAUGGAGAGGGACGCCGCGACGACGUCAUCGAGACCCGACGUCCCUGUGGAAGCGAGAGGCGCCGGCGGAAAGCUGAGGCGGCCACUCGCACGGAGGCCACCGUCCACACCGUACGCCCGGCCACAGCAGAAUGGCGCUCAGAAGGGUUGGUGGUUCGCUAGGCUAGUGGAUCCGGCUCGGCGGAUCAUAACCGGUGGCGCCACCUUAGUCUUUCCUUCGCUUUUCUCCAAUUCGGCAUCCCUGGAUGCUCUCCCCGUUUCCAGUAGCCAACAACAUCACGAUGACUUGGACACAGACGUGGAACAAAAUUCUGUCGCUGACAAUCACAAUUCAAAACUUGGUCUAUCGAGUUCAACCAGAGUUGAAGGUCCAAAAAGAGCAGUGGAAAGAUCAAAGAGUAGCUCUCACGUUGAAAGGCUUGAACAAGGCAGAAGGAGUGACCUGUCUGACGAUAACGGGCUUUCUGAAAUUGAACAGCUGAUGGAGGAUAAAAGCUUUUCUACUGAUGAGAUUAAUCGGUUGAUUGAAAUAAUGAAUUCAAGGACUGUUGAUCUACCUCAUGCUAAGCAAGAAAUAAAAUCUUCAAGCAUGGCUGCAGAACAAGAUGCUCGGGGGGCUCCAAUUGACCUCAAAAAUGCUGGAACUUCCAGUGAAGAGAAGCUGGAAAUUUUGAAUAAAGCUACCUGGAUUACAUCGACUCCUCUUCCCCAGUCAAUCUUGCGAGAUGAAGUUGGUGCUUCACCAAUUGAUAUUGCGAGAGCCUAUAUGGAAAAGCGAACUUCAGGAAUGGAUUGUGGUUCUAUCAAGUUAUUUCCAGAAGACGGAAGUGCACAAUCACAUAGUGAUGAAUUUGCAUUGAGACCAUACAGUCCUUCGCCCUUCCCAAAUCCAUCACCUUGCUGGCCAGGUGCUAGAGUACAGGAUCAACGUGAUAAUGUGACCCCAAGAAGUCAGCGAGGCAGAUUUGGGCUUCAAAGUUUUCCCCGAACCCCCUACUCAAGAAGUAUCUAUUCCAAAUCCAGGUCCAAGUUGAUGCAGUUACCAAGGGAUGGCAAUAGGGAGAUGAACAUGCCAUCAACUCCCUUGCAGCAAUCACAGAGUCCUAUUUAUGGGAAGUUGCAGUCCAGGAACAAUGACUUGGUUGAUGACCAUGAAUCAGUGGGACCCAUUCGCAGGACUCCGCGUAAAUAUUCCACAGCUGCUCGUCCUAAAUCUUCUAUGAGUGGUCCUUUGCAGGUUGACAACUUCCAUUUUUCUGAAGCCAUCUUCCCAACUGUCAAACGUACUAUGGGAACGGGAGAGAAAACUGGCGCUUUAAAAUUUCAAUUGGCAGACUGGAAGCCUCAGGGCUCUGAAGUGGAUGCUGCAGUUGUUCAUCCACAUUCCAGUCAGAUGGCUAAGAAAAUAUUGGAGCACCUCGAGAGAAACCCAGCCACUCCUACAGAUAAGUCUGCUGAGAUACAGCGAGUCACUACUUGGAAUAAACAACAUUCCUCUGACGUAACUGCUGUCAUCCCAAAUAAGCGUAAUGGCUCAAUGCACUUGGGUGGUUUUGAUUUUUCUGGAAACAAACAACAGGUUUUCAAACAGAACUCUCAUUGGAGUGAAAAUAAAGGGGACUCUCUUUUUAAGGUCCCUCCUCCUCGGGAGACUUAUGACAAAGUUAUGGGUGCUGUUAAACUAAAAAGUUCAGCUUCUGAUAUAAAAGAUGGUAAUGAAAUUACGAAUCUCGGUGAUGAUGCAGAGCCAACACAAGAAUUCUGGAAAAGUCAGGAUUCUCAAGUCAAAAGCGCAGCCGAGGAUGUUUCAAGGAUUGCUUCAAAUGGUGCUAGCUCUGAGGUCUUAAAUGCAUGGAACUCUAUAUCCCAACCUUCGACAGCAGGUUCUAAACCAGUUCUACCUUCAAUUUGUGUCACAAAGCCCGAACAGCGCUGGAUGUUUUCUUCAGAUAAUAGUUCAGGUUUUACAUUCCCUGUAUCUUCUUCUCAUGGGACGAUCUCCGAACCACCAACCCCAUCUGUGAUGCCAUCAUCCACAGCCAGUGGCCAGCUCCAGCCAAAAGAGGGAUCUUCAGUUGCUGCAUAUAGUUUUGGCACAAAGAAAUCUGAUCCUGCCCUUGUAUUUUCUUUCCCAUCUACAAGCAAUGCUGCCGCAGUACACGAUCCUUCUCCAAAUCUCCAGUUCAGCUUUGGAUCCGAAACGUCAGCAAGGAUAUCUUUUAGUUCAUUUGGGAAAGAUGCAAUCUGCCAUUAACUACACUUCUUAGUUAGGCAGUGGCCGCUAGUUGGAGUGGCGCACAUUUUAUUUUAUUUUUUAACAUUCUUCAUAAGUUGUAUCUCGUUCCCCUGACAUGGUAUUUUUUGGGGCCGAAGAGAACUUGAAACUGUUAUCUUGAAGCAUAAGUUAGCUGAAGAGCUCUUUGAACAGCCUCAGAAAGCUUAUUAGGUUUCCAUGGCUUGUAAAAUGUAUUCUCUAUUUCGAAUCCUCUACAAUAAUUUUCUCAUGGCAAGUUGUAAUGGAUCAUUGCAGGACGCAUCUGACCCUUGUAGAACUAGCUAGUUAAGCUAGAGAUCUUGAUUUUGUAAAACAAUCUGGAGAAUAUGGUGAGAACAUGUGAUUGAGAAAUCUUUGUACUGAUUUAAUCUUUCU